AAAUCAUAUUUCAUAAUAAUGUUGUUUUGCGCAUACAUAAAAUGUUAACUAUACAGUGAAUAAUUUCUUCACAGGUGGCUUUCCGUUUUUGCUCUCGCAUUUAGCAGCGCAUAAUUCAGAGAACUAAUCUGAAUUUAUUCCUUUUGUAAGUGCCGCAGCGCACUCUCUCACUGGGAGCGCCAGAGAGUCUGAAAGUCACUUGGGCACAUGUGUAUCUUUCAAUAACUUUUAUCUUGAAUAAUUAUCAUUUGAUGGUCGCAUAUCUACUUAUGUUUGCUCCUAUUCAGAUAAUGCCGCGGCAACUCUUGUUCUUUGUUAAUUGCUAUAGAGUCGUGGAAAGUGUUUAUACCGUCGCAACAUGAAAAGAGUAGCAUCAGCAAUUGUUGCGCACGGUCAUUCAGUGUCUGUGGGUCUCUGUCAAGGAUACUCGGCAGUUUUGCUGCCCCAGCUGUCCAGCCCUGACAGUGACCUUGGGUCCAUCUCCGUGGAAGCUGCAUCUUGGCUAGCUGGUUUGGGAGUGAUUUCCAAUCCGUUGGGAGCAGUGAUCGGCGGCACGUUAGCAGAACUUUUUGGAAGGAAAACUACUCUUUUGAUCUCAGCCCUACCUUAUGUCCUUGGUUGGCUCCUCAUUGCCGCCGCAAAUGAUCUCUACUGGCUGGGACUUGGGAGAUUUGUCACCGGCUUUGCCGUUGGUUUGGGCUCCAUCAGCUAUGUGUACGUAGCGGAAGUGAGCAGUCCAGAGCACCGAGGCACCUUGGCCGCGACUGGCCCGAUCUUGGUCUCGCUGGGCGUCCUGAUAGCCUACUCUCUCGGUGCGAGCUUAUCAUGGCGCUUCGUAGCUCUGGCCGCCGCCGUGGUCGCCCUCUGCACCGGCCUGAUCAGCGUCUUGCUGCCGGAGAGCCCACCCUGGCUGAUGGCCCACGGCAGGGAGAAAAAGGCCACCGAAGCACUCAGCUGGCUGCGAAACAGCCCCGACAAGGCAAUAGCGGAGGUGGACGCCAUCAGAUUAAAGGAAAUUGAAAAGGGAGAGCCGCAGACUACAAAGGGAAAUAGACUGAAAGAAUUUUUCAACGCCAUCAUGGAACCGUGCGUGUGGAAGCCGUUUUUCAUCCUGGUUACAUUUUUCUUCUUCCAAGAAGGCUCUGGUAUCUACAUCAUCCUCUUCUACGCCGUCGAUGUCAUCAAUGAAGUCGGCGCCGGAGAUGACGAUGCACUUGUGUCCAUCAGCAUGGGGGUGGCUCGCCUUGUGAUGAGCAUAGUCGGAGCGUGCAUGCUCUGCAAAUUCAAACGCAAAACUCUGGCCGCCACCUCAGCCCUGCUGAUGACCUUGGUCAUGGCUUGCAUGUCAGCAUACGAAUAUCUCUUCAGCUCCUUUGCCUUCGAAGAUAGGAUUGUGCGCUGGUUCCCUGCGGCUUGUAUUCUGCUACACGUGUGCGUGAGCAUGAUGGGCAUGCUGCAGUUGCCGUGGAUCAUGACCAGUGAGUUGUUCCCUCUUCGAGUCCGAAGCGUGGCCGUUGGCUUGGUGACGGCUAUCGCCCACCUCCUGAUUUUCGCCUCCGUGAAGACUUACCCUGGACUUCUUUUCGCCCUUGGUCUACCAGGCACCCUUGCCCUUUUCACAUGCGCUUCGUUGGGUGCUGCAAUUUUCGCAUUGGUUUUCUUGCCAGAGACAAAAGACAAGACUCUAGGAGAAAUUGAAACUGAUUUCAGCGUGGUGUCAAAAGACGACGAAUUUUCAGAAGUGUGCACUGAGCGGCAUUGCUCGGCUAAUAAAGUUGAGGUCAGAAAUAAUGUGGCAACUAAACGCGGUGAACCUUGAACGAAAUUUUUAGGAUCUGUUGUUAAUUGUUCCCUGUUUAUUCCCGAGGGAAUGUGCAUUUAUAUUGCUGCAGACCAAUUUUCGUGGUCCAAACUGAACACGUAUUUAGAAUAAUUAUGCUAGUCAAGAAAUUUUUUAUAUAAGUUUUUGAAGGAUGUCUUGAGAUAAAUGGUUGAAUAUAACACGUGGCUCGAUCGGAGAAGAGAGUUUCCAGCUUAAAUUAUUGAAUCAGAUUCCAUUUUCUCGCGUUAUUUAACUCAUGGUUUUAAACACUAUUUUUCCAUUCGUGAAUUUAAUUAUGAAUGAUGUGUGCGCAUGUUUAACUUUAAUGGUAAUAAAUGCGACGAUUGUGAGUAAAAUUUAUAAUUGUGUGUGUUUCAAAAUAGGAAUUGAUAUUCAUGAUUUUCAUAAAUAU